CUUUUUUUUACAUAGAGUUAUUUGUAAAUAUAAUUUUAAAAUUAACGCAAACUCAAUAAAAAAAUGAUCUUUCAUUCAAAUCAUUGGAUAUUACUUACUUGUCUCUACUGCUUGUUUAAACUAAAUAUUGCAUUGAUUGAACCGGGUUUUCAGAAAUAUACAGUAGAACUAGAGAAAAAUGAAAAUAAAAAGAAUGUUUCCUUCAGUAAAUCCAUGUUUAAGGACACAGAAAUUUCAUUCAGAAUAUCUUGUAAAGGAAAAAUAAACAGUAACUUUACUCUUGGAAUAGCGUUGUUCGUGAGUCAAUGUCAUUUUAACAAAUCAGAUGAAAACUAUAAUGAAAUGUCAAUAUUACUUCCAUGUCAUGAAAAUGUUAUAGUGAAUAAAGAUUUUUUAUCACAAGUUGUUUUUGACAAUCAGUCACCAGUAAACAGUGAGGCAAAAUACAAUGACUCAGGGUCAAAUCAAAUAGGUCUUUUACCUGAUGGAAAACAAAGAAAAAAGUUUAAUAUAAACAAGUUACCAAAAACUCAGAUAAAGGGUCUUUAUUCUCUGUUGUUGUUUUUUCAAGGAAAAGAAAUGACAUUUGAAGUUACAAUUAGUGCUAUGCAUGAUGACUCCUAUCUUUCUUCGAUGAACUGGCCAUUAUUACCGUUUUAUGGUGCAAUGUCGUUAAUGUAUUUAACAUUUGCAAUUGCUUGGUUUAUUGCUUCAUGCUGCAAUUGGAGAGAUUUACUACGUGUACAGUUUUGGAUUGGAGCUGUUGUUGCCAUAGGAAUGCUGGAAAAUGCUUUGUUUUAUACUGAGUACAGGAAUAUAAGCACUUAUGGAGAAACAAAUGGCUUGCUUUACUUUGCGGAAUUUGUAUCUUGUAUUAAAAGGACCUUAGCAAGAAUUCUUGUCAUCAUUGUUAGCCUUGGCUUUGGAAUAGUCAAACCUCGCCUCGGUCAAAUGUUUAAUCGUGUACUUAUUAUUGGUUUUUUGUACAUGGUUUUAUCAACGGUUGAAGCAUUUAUUCGAGUUCAUGAUGAUAGCAAAGUAGUUUCCAAAACUCAAAUGUAUGCUUUGAUUCCGCUUACUAUAAUAGAUGUCAUUAUUUGUUGGUGGGUGUUUACUUCUCUUGUGCAAACAACAAGAACAUUAAGAAUAAGAAAAAACACGGUCAAGUUGACUUUGUAUCGCCACUUUACUAACACCCUCAUUUUUGCAGUUUUAGCUUCUCUUGCUUAUAUGGUUUGGAUGAUUAAACAAGCAAAGCUCACUGAAUGUGUUGAUAUUGGGAGUAUUUGGCUUAGUGAGGCUUUAUGGCCAUUUCUUUUUGGCGUAAUACUAGCUGUUAUAAUGGUAUUGUGGCGACCGAGUAUAAAUAAUCAACGAUAUGCAUUCACACCAUUAGACCUUGAUGGUAGUGAUGAUGAAGACAAUGACAUGACAUUAUCAGAUGCAUUUUCUGGUAUGAAGAACAGAAGUAAAGACACUAGUGGUGUAAAAAAUAGAAAUCGUGCAGAAGAUGAUUUAAAGUGGGUUGAAGAAAAUAUUCCAUCAGUUCCUUCUACAUUGCUACCUACAAUAGACUCAGAUGAAGAAAUAUUGACAACCAAGUUUGAGAUGUCUAAAAUGAAUUAAAGAAUUACUUCAAAUGAGAUACUAAUAAAAAUUUUCUCCAGAAAAAUUGUUGCAUUCUUUUUGAAGUUCUUAUUAUACCAAAUAUUAGUUACAGAGAAACGAUUAUUGCACAAUCAACUGAUUUGCGGAUUAACAAUAUCUUUAUCGUAAAAAUAUAAACGCGAUAAAUUACAUUAUUUAUUUGUGCUAAAUCAAUGGUUUUGGUCUUUAUUUUUAUUUGUUUUCACAAUGUUUGAAUACGGCAUUAUAAAUUGCUUUAAUGGACAUAUAUUUUUGAAGAGUUUUUAGAUACGAAAAUAGUUCAAAUUAACAAAAUUUUAUCUUGAAUAAUUUUAUCAAAAUUAAAAAUAUCUACAUUUAAAUGGCUUAGCAUGCGUAGCUGUAUUAAGAGCAGCGACGGAUGUUGUAUAGACGUUCGGUUUCAACAUUUUUUUUUUUUUUAAUUGCUUAAUACAAUAAAAGUUAAUCGGCAUAGCAAUUAUAUAUAUAAAUUCCAGCAAAAAUCUAACCAAAUGCACUUGUAUUUUUAUUCAAAAAAUAUUCAUUAGAAAUGUGUCUGCUUUAAAGUGCGGGCCCAUUGGAAAAAGUCUGGAAACUAACCGAACUUAUAAUACAAAUUUUGAAUGUAGUUUUUUUUUUUUAUGCUGGGCUGUGAAGCUCUGCUUAUAAAUCUUUAUUAAAUGGAUAACUAUAUUUAUUUAUUUGUAUUAGAAGUUUCGAAAAUAUUUGAAAAUUUUGUAACCUAUUUAUUACGGAAUCAUGUUUUGAUAUAAAUUCAAUUUUAUUCAGAAAA